AGCGUAUCGAGACCGCCGAUGUGAAGGAGUGAAUGAGUUUCCACUGGGUUAUCAUAUAGAUUGUGUUGAAAUGUGACGGGUCCCCACCACGAGAUUUUAACUGGCCCAAAUGUGUCUGUUUUCAUCGUGUACGGAAUACAUUCGAUCGCUAUGGUGGACCUACCUGUACUUUAAGUGAAAAUGAGGAUUCGGUGGAGUUUCCAAGGUUGGAUAACGUCAGUUGGAGUACUUGUACUAACAUGGACUCCCUCGCUUUCUCUCGACAGCUGGAUGCACUUGGGUGUGGCGUCACUGGCCGCUGUCCCCCAGGACCGCGGCACGUGUAGUUCCGUCCCGGGGCUCGUGGAUUUACAACAACAGGAAUGUCUUAGAAACCCGGAAUCUAUUCUGUGUGUGAGUCGGGGCGCCAAGGCGGCCAUUACCGAGUGCCAGAAGCAAUUUAAGUUCGAACGUUGGAAUUGUACCACGUCCCAAAACUACAGUGUAUUUGGACCAGUUCUUAAGAAAGGUACGAGAGAGACCGCAUUUAUUUACGCCAUUUUGAGUGCUGGAGUUGUGCACGCGGUGACGACGGCGUGUAGUCUUGGUAACUUGACUGACUGCUCGUGCGAUACGUCACGUUACGGCGAGCACACGGUGGAGGGGUGGAAGUGGGGAGGAUGUAGUGACAAUAUCCAUUACGGUGUGUCCUUUAGCAAACGUUUCGUCGACGCCCCGGAGACACUGAUGCAUCAAAGUUCACAGAAUCUCCGCAAUAAAAUGAAUCUACACAACAACGAAGUAGGACGUCAGGUCAUACAGUCGGCAAUGAAGCUUCGGUGUCGUUGUCAUGGAGUGUCUGGGUCAUGCGCAGUACAAACGUGCUGGAAAAGUCUACCGGAUUUCCAGCUAGUCGGCGAAAAACUGAAAGCGAAAUAUGAAUGGUCAGUACGAAUCGCUAGACGAGCACGGAAAAGACUUCGAAGACGAGACAAGACCAAACGGAACGUUCCGGUGGACGCCGAUAAUCUAGUGUACGUCCAUCGGUCUCCAAAUUACUGUCGACCGAACCCUAAAAAGGGGAUUCUUGGAACGCGGGGUCGCUUGUGUAACAAGACAAUGACUGGGCCAGAGAGCUGUGACCUACUCUGCUGUGGGAGGGGCUAUAAUACUCAAGUGUUGAGGCACGUCGAACGCUGUCACUGUAAGUUUAUAUGGUGUUGUGACGUGCAGUGUAAAAAAUGUGAAACGCUCAUUGACAAAUACACGUGUAAAUGAUAUUGACGCAUGCGCGUGAUGGAUACUUUGUUAAAAAUGUGAUUCAGGGCCCAAUAAGUACUUACCAUGUCUAAUACGACAUCAAAACGGAUGUGACGUCAUGUAUGAAUCGGCAUGACACGCGAACAAGUUAGUUGUUAUGACAAUAUAAGCAACAGCUGAAGCGCAUGUCCACCGGAUACACCUCAUCGGAUUCAAUACCCUGGAGCUGAAAAUAGCAAGCUCACCAACUUGUUGCCUCCCGAUGGAUAAUUUUAUAUAUUGUGAAAAUGUUACACUUUGUUUUACUUGGUAAAUCAGCCUAGAUAAGAACACAGCGUCUCUAUUAGGGCUAUAACUGUGUUUAUCAGACAGUUUUUAUUUCGUCGAUUGUGUACAUUCGAACUGUUUGUAUUUUAUUUCGUUAAAUGUUUUAUUUUCAAUCAUCGCUAACCAAACACCAGAUCACACCAUCACUAAUUGCUUGCUAUCGAUAGAUACAGUGAACGUGGCCGCGAGACUGCACGCGAUCUGUUGGUGAUCAUAGAUCAGAGAGAUAUAUUGUCUUUAAUAUAUAUCGAUGACGCGACAUUAAGGAGCAUGCCACCUAACACUUUAAGUUCUUAAUAUGAUGUCGGUUAGAGUAUGUCCCUUGAUUUUAAAAUUCAAAAUUGGUGUUCAUAUAUAUUUUUUAUGUUUCUUAUAACCACUUUUGGAAUGGAGAUAUUUGACAAAGGACGGUAGUUUAUACCUUUAAUAAGUAAGUAAGUAAUUUCGAGUG